AUGUCCUCUCCACCAGACACACCGACUCACCGUCCUCUAUCCUCGCACCGUCGACACCCCGACAGCCUGGACAUGUCCCACAACAACGCUUCCAGGCGCCAAUCCUUCAACCGACGCUCUUCCGGCUACUCGCCCAUAACCCCGCGCUCGUCGCACGACUUUGACGACGCCUCUGCACACAACUUUGACGGCGCCAUAGACGGCAAUGGCCUCGGAAACCUGGCCGACGAGCUGGGCGAGAUAUGGGACGACGAUGACGACGCCAUAGACGGCGACUACGGUGACGACAUAGACGAGUCGCACGGCGACCUCGCCGCCAUCGGCACCGCCAUCGAGCACGACGGCUCCUAUGGCGUCGACAGCGUAGCCAGUCUCAACGGUGUGCGUGAUAGUGGUGUGGCCAUGCAAGACUCUCCUCCCACUGGCCUCAGCCCUGCCUCGGCUGCAAAGUUAAAAAAGCACAACAGGCAACGAUCGCUGUACGACGGCUCCGACUAUGGUGACGACUCCGACCUGGACAACGAGGGCAUAUCACCGGCGCUCGAGUCGAGAAUGGCAGCUAUUGAAAGCCUAGCACGGCGGGGCAUGGAAGAGAAUGGCAGCCCGUCAGACGAGGUGGUCAAGCGAGUGACGGAGCAACUGCGAGACUUGGGCAGCCAGAUUGCCAUAGAGAACGGAUCCACACGGCUUAAAACGGCUCACGAUGCUCUCACAACGCACCUAACUCACCAGUCCCGUACCCUAACAUCUCUAGCCGCCUCCUUCUCGGGUCCACGACCCAUCCUGCCCGAUCCAGAAACCAUCGAAGAACUUUUGCCAAUCAUACAAUCAACCCUGGAUUUGCUUCCCCAUUCUUCCGCUGAGCCACUCGUUGCCCUGUCCCAUCUCACACACUCGAGCCGUGAGCUCCUGCAACAUCUCGCAAACGUAAGCGACACGCUGCACAUGUCCCGGCAAACCACCAUGAAUGCCACCCGUAGGCUCAAAGUUAGCAAAGAACAAUUACAGGACUGGAAACGCGACAAUGAACGGACAAAGGAGGCACAAGAGUACAUUGAGCAUGGAGACUGGGACCGGCGACUCAAAGAGAGGGAAGCCAAACGUGCGUGUGCAGACGUGCUGGAUGGAUUCGAGGAUGUUUGUGGACAAUGGAGAAAGAGGCUUUGCGAUGGCCUGGGCGCGACUACUGGGUAG